GCGCGCGUUCUGUACUGUAGCCUCAGCUUGUUUCUUUGAAAGGGUAAAUACGCGCCGCGUUCAUUCCUCACUUGCAUCAUCUCUGUCUGAGGGGACAGAGCUCAAAAUAUUUUCUUUAUUUGCACUACUGUUCACCAACAAACAUAGGCAACGGUUCUGUUUCGCCCAACAACAUUAGAAACGCCAAGCUUGCUUCGAAGACUCCACCUGUCCCAGCAUCAUCUGAAUGAGAUUCAGCACAGCUUCUGAGUGGACAAAACCUUCUCCAGGUCAAGAAAUAUUUGGAAACAAGAUGGUAGAAUCCCGCGAAUAUCUGACCCGUUAGAACGUCCUGGUCUGGUUAAGUCCUUUCCACCAUCACCUGCUCCGAAUCUUCUAAAGACCAGUAGAAUGGACGAGCAGAGGUGCUCUCUUCCGCCUCCUCUCAAAACAGAGGAAGAUUACAUUCCAUAUCCCAGCGUCCAUGAGGUAUUGGGUCGUACAGGCCCUUUACCACUCAUUCUGCUGCCCCAGUUUGGGGGUUACUGGAUUGAAGGGACCAAUCAUGAUUUAGGCUCCUCCUCCACAGCAGAGGAACUGCCCCCUUGUCCCGCAUCACAGGUUAAACUGGAGACAAACAGCAUAGCCAAGAUCUACAGGAAACACUUCCUGGGCAAGGAGCACUUUAAUUAUUACUCAGUGGACAGUGCUCUGGGCCACCUGGUCUUCUCGGUGAAGUAUGAUGUGAUUGGAGACCAGGAGCACCUUCGACUGUUGCUUAGGUCAAGGUUUAAAACUUACCAUGAUGUGAUACCAAUUUCUUGUCUGACCGAGUUCCCUAAUGUUGUGCAGAUGGCGAAGCUUGUCAGUGAAGAGGUGAAUGUGGACAGAUUUUAUCCCGUCUUAUACCCAAAGGCAUCCAGACUUAUUGUGACCUUCGAUGAGCAAGUCAUCAGCAACAACUUCAAGUUUGGAGUCAUCUACCAGAAAUUUGCGCAGACAUCAGAAGAGGAACUAUUCGGAAACAAUGAGGAAAGUCCAGCUUUUGUUGAGUUUCUGGAGUUCUUGGGAGAGAAGAUUGAACUUCAUGAUUUUAAAGGCUUUCGUGGAGGCCUGGAUGUGACACAUGGUCAGACUGGAAUUGAGUCAGUCUACCACAACUUCCACAAUAAAGAGAUAAUGUUCCACGUGUCCACUAAGCUGCCAUACACUGAAGGUGAUUCCCAGCAGCUCCAGAGGAAGAGGCAUAUAGGAAAUGACAUUGUGGCUAUUGUGUUCCAAGAAGAAAAUACACCAUUUGUUCCCGAUAUGAUUGCAUCAAAUUUCCUUCACGCUUAUGUAGUGGUUCAAGUGGAGAACGCCUGCACUGAUAAUGUCCUCUAUAAGGUAUCUGUGACGGCUAGAGAUGAUGUGCCUUUCUUUGGACCAGCCCUCCCAGACCCGGCUGUCUUUAAAAAGAGUCCAGAGUUUCACGAGUUCCUCUUGACCAAACUGAUCAAUGCUGAAUAUUCCUGCUAUAAAGCAGAGAAGUUUGCCAAGCUGGAGGAGAGGACACGUUUUGCUCUGCUGGAGACUUUAUAUGAGGAGCUACACAUGAACAGCCAGUCCAUGAUGGGACUGGGAGGAGAUGAUGACAAACUGGAGAAUGGAGGAGGAGGCAGCAGUGGCUUCUUUGAGUCUUUCAAGCGAGUAAUCCGAAAUAGAAGUCAGUCUAUGGAUGCCAUGGGCCUCAGUAACAAGAAACCACACACCGUCUCCACGAGCCACAGCGGAAGCUUUACACACAACCCUCCAGACAACCCCAAAACACCCGGCAUUUCCUUGAUUAUUCCCGGGAAAAGCCCAACCCGUAAGAAAUCUGGUCCAUUUAGUUCCAGGAGGAGCAGUGCCAUUGGGAUUGAGAACAUACAAGAAGUUCAAGAGAGAAGCAGUCGGGAUGUGUCCCCGAGUCCACAGAGGACAUCUGACGGUGGACACACCACUCAGGACCUCAGAUUAGACAACUCGUCCAGUCAGAGCUCACCUGAGAUGCAGAUCACUAAGAUUGGUUCGGCCCUGUGCUGUCGAGCUCCCUCGAUCCCAGAGUCUCAGGAUCUGUCUCGCUCCUCGUCCAAUGCCAGUAGCUUCACCAGCGUGGUGGAGGAGAACGAGCAGGAACAUGAAGCGACAGAGGACUAUGACACAGGACUGGAGAGUCUCUCUUCAGCCGGUACGCCUCACAAACGAGAUUCGUUUUCAUACAGCGGCGUGUGGUUGGAAGACGGCCCUGGCACUACUAGUCAGAGCAGUUCACACGGUCCCCUUCAACAGCAAUCUGAACCUCGUCCUAAAACAGAGAGACAGCACUCGAACUGCUAGCUGUCCUGUAGGCUGUAGAUGACUUCGUGGAUGUCCAUCAACAGCAUUUUCAUAAGCAGCCCUCUGCAGCAGAUGCUCAAAGUGAGUCCUGAGGGGAGACCGAUGUGAACAGCCUGGAGGCGUACAGUCAGGCAUGUGUGCAUCAGAGUAUCAGCGCGCUCUUGUAAGGACUCGACCCCCUUAUCUUCUAUCAUGUGGCUGUUGGUGUGUAGGCAAAAUAGCAAACCUGCCUGGCUUGUGUUGAAGGCAGAAGAAGAACAGAGAAGAGCUGCCAGCAGGUGAUGAAUCACGCAUGAUUAUGGCCUUAUCAUAGGCUUGCUUGCUUUCUUUCUUUCUUUCUUUCUGUCCACAGUGGCCCUCAUUGUGUGGGUUUGGGUUUUAUUUGUCAUAUAUUUAUUUAUUUAUUGAGUAGAUCUUUUAGUAACGGGGGUGGUAAGCUGUCACAAGCUUUUGGCAUCUUUCAGAAUAACAAAUGAGGUUCAACCUAAACCCAUCAUGCUUAAAAUACACAUGAACCUGCGAAGCACUGUAAUACACAUCUAUGUGUGGUUCUGUUUUGUCGCCUUUUGUGUAAUGAUGUUGAAAAAUGAAUAUAGGUAAACGUUAAAUGUUGUUCUUCAGAGUAGUUCUCUAUCUUGUUGUGUCGAGCACCCAAGACAUUUCCAGUCCCGUCCAAUAAAUGAAGCGUGGGCAUUAUAAUUUAUGAUCAAAUGAAUAGACCAAGUGUGAGAUGCUGUAUACUUUUUAAAUAGUAUUUAUUAAGAUUAUGCUGUUUUACUGAUCAACAUAUUUUGUAUGGCCACAGCUGUUUGUGGUCAAAUUGUCACGUGUGUGAACUGUACACUAAUGUAGUAGCCUCAUGUUUGUAGUUUUAUGUUUUAAAGCUAGCAGUGCAGUCUCUCAACUCCACUAUAUUGAAGUCCUGAAAACCUUUUAGUUUAUAUGACAGGUGAGCAAUAUGAAUGUAAAACUGGUGGAUAUGAAUUAUGGAAAACACUAGAUCAGAAUAUAUUCAUCUGAUGCUUUAUGUUCAAUAGCAAAUGUUGGGCAUUUUAUUUUGUUUUCAAACACAAAUGUGUUUUAUUGAUUACAAACAAAAAUGCCCAUUUUAGAUUAGAUAAUCAAAAUAAUAUUUUAGCUUUUAAACAUAGCACUACGGUGUUAAUGCUUUCCCAUUCAUCUCAAUGGCUUAUCAGAUACAAUUUUUUUUUUUUUUUUUUUUUUUUUUUUUUGAGUCAGUCACUUGAGCCAUAAAUGUGAUGGAUUAUUUUGAGCAACUAUCCUAAGCUGCGACAUUAAAACAAAAAGAAAGUCAUUGGAAAAAUAUCAACUCAAAUUUCUGUAUGAUGCAUAUUUUAAAGAAUACUAUGGUAUCACUAUCAUCAGAAAGAUGGCAUUACCACAAUUUCAUGCUCAAAAACAUGAAAAUACCUAGGUACUUUUUUGUAUGACUAAUUUCCAAUUUCGCUUCUUGUUUGAAGAGCUUUUUUUCUUAUAAAUAAUGCUGUUUGGAUGAUUUCAGGGGUGAUGCUUCUAAAAGUUUCUGGAAAAGUGACAAUAUUUUAGGCUGGCUGAAUCCAUACUCGAGCUGUGUCAGAGCCCUAAGUCUCUGCUGAUUGGUCAAACUGUACAUAAUGUGUUUGCACAUGCUAGAAACAUGAAGCACAAACUUGUUCCAAACAAACACCGACUGCUUUCUGCAAGUGAAUGUGUUCUCCUUUACAAGUGCUUAUUAUGCUACUUUUAUGAAAUGUUUCACUGUAAAUAAAUUUUCUCCUUUUUUGUAAUAUAACAAAAUAAAUUGUUUAAUAAAGAUCAGAA